AUGGCCAGUGUCAAGAGGACUCGUCGUAGCUCUGUGAUUGCCCUGCAGGAUUCAACGGACCCAGAUACCAGCCUGUGCCAUAAGUUGGUGUGGAGUCCUGCACCAGAUGAGACSUUCCGUCUACUGAAGGGGUGUUUUACAUCAGCCCCGUUGCUGAAACACCCAGAUCCUACGCUUCCCUUUGUGGUGGAGGUGGAUGCCUCAAAAGGGGGCAUGGGGGCCGUCCUGACCCAACACCAAGGUUCAAAGUACAUCAAAGCCAAUGCCCUAUCCCGUCUCCACGAUUCAGGAAAGGUUCCUGUCCUGAGUGCACRCAUCAUUCCGCCCUCCAGAAUCAUMGCCCCCGUGCUUUGGGACYUAGACGUGGACAUCUGCCAGGCUCUGGAGAGGGAACCCGCYCCUGCUACCUGCCCUCCUGCGUGCAUCUACGUCCCCACGGAGGUUGCUGAGGCACUGUUCCAGCAGGACUUCUGGCACUAUGGCCUUCUGAAAGACAUCGUCUCCGACCGUGGCCCCCAAUUCACGUCUCGGGUAUGGAGAGCUUUCUUGGAGAAGCUGGGGGCCAUGGCCAGCCUCACAUCUGGAUGCCGGCCUCAGCCCAAAGGGCAGGUYGAGAGGACCAACCAGGAGCUGGGAAGGUUCCUUCAGUCAUCGUCACCGCAGUGAGGCUGCCGUGUUCCAUUCUGGUGAUCGCAUCUGGCUCUCCACCAGGAACCUCCUACUCCGCCUGCCCUGACGGGAACUGAGCCCCCGGUUUGUGGGGCCCUUCAAGGUCCUCCGGAGGGUCAAUGAAGUAACAUAUCGAUUAAAACUCCCCAUCAACUACUGGAUAUCACCCUCUUUUCAUGUUUCCCUCCUCAGGCCGGUGGUUCCUGGUCCCCUGGACAUCGAUGGGACACCUGCCUAUGCCGUCAGGUCCCACCAGGAGCGCUGUUGGGUCCCGGUGGCCGACAUCCUGGACCCCAACAURGUCRGUGAUUUCCGGACCGGCCUGUUCCUCACCCUCGGGGCCAUCKCCCUGGCCGGCGUCGUCCUGCGGCUCGAUCCGCGAGUCGGAGGGGUACUGUCACGCCUACUCCCGCUCCCCCGCUCAACGUUGCCGGUCUAUUAACCACCGGUCCUGGCAAUCAUCAUUACACACACCUGCUCCCCAUCGUUACGCACACCAGGAUCUCA